AUGCUAGAAACACAGGCGCAAGUGCAGGAUGAUCUCAAUAAAUCGUUGGGUGUACUAGCCCAUCUCUUUCCAGAUAUUCGUGUCGAAGUCUUUCGUGAGCUUUUGACGCGCUUUGACGGAAACAGCCGCCUUCAUCUCUGCGUCGAGCAGCUACUGAGACACAAAGACCAGUGGGUGCAAGGGCGGUGGAAGCUGCAGCCUGUGGACGGGGCCGACGAAAGUCAAGAGGAUACCAGUGGUCAUGACCAAGAAGAUAAAGUGCCGCCGCACGAGCUCUUUCGCAGCAAAGAAUACAAAGACACCGUCAAAAUGGUCUUGAGCAAGGAGUUUAGCGCUCUUAGUCGCAGUACCAUUGACGCAGUACUGGCCGAGUCCAACUUUUCGUACACUCGGGCUCGUCCGAUUCUAAAAGAGGUGUCGCGGAAGGGCUGGCGGGCGACGUUGAGUAAUCUGAACCCGUUCAAACGCAAAAAGGACAAAGAUGAAAACCCCCUGGUGGUCUGGGAUCGGUCGGCGGAGGGAGGCCUGCAGCCGCGGCUCAAGAAGACUGGUUCUGGCGAACUCGACCUGGAGUUGUACGAGGUAUUCAUAUUACCUUUUCUCCGUGAUCAGAAGGAGAUGCAAGAGAUUCGGGAUUUUCUUCUCUCGUUGGAGUUGAGUGAGCAGGAAGCAAGGGUUGAAAACGCCCUGUAUGAAUGCCAGUGUUGUCUGGAUGAUGUGACGUUUGAGCAGAUCUCAACGUGCUCUUCAGACGGCCAUGUGAUCUGCUUUAGCUGUAUUCGACGAACAAUGCAUGAAGCUCUUUUCGGCCAGGGCUGGGACAAUUCGGUUUCCCCCGCAAUGUCUACUCUCAAGUGUGUCGCCCCCGUGAGCCACGGUGUUUGCGACGGACAUCUCAGCCCGACGCUCAUCAAACAGGCCAUUCUCCUGGAAAAGGCGGGCUCGGAGACAUACCGCAAGUUUGAAGAACGCGUGGCCUCUGAAGCACUCUUGAAAUCUCGGCUCAAGCUGGUACACUGUCCUUUUUGCACGUAUGCAGAAGUUGACCCAGUCUUCCACCCAGCGAAUCAAAAACUUGAGUGGCAUUACCGGCGCGGCAACAUUUUCACUACGAUUUUAACGACCAUCUUCCUUCUCGAUCUGAUACCCCUACUUAGUAUACCACUUUUAAUACCGCUACUAUUCUACCCCAACACGCUUACUGCCAUAUUCCGCACCUCGCUGCAAAACAUGAGUCUCCGGUCACGCAGCCAGCGGUUUUUAUGCAAAAACCCUUCGUGCCGACGCCCCAGCUGCAUGACCUGCCGCAAGCGUUGGCGAGACCCUCAUUCAUGCGAAGAGCCGCUGCAGCAGUCGCUGCGCACGACAGUCGAAGCUGCGCGCACGGCAUCCAUCAAACGAACCUGUCCUCGAUGCAAUCUGUCGUUUGUCAAGUCCUCUGGCUGCAACAAACUCACUUGCGUGUGUGGCUAUUCCAUGUGCUAUCUCUGCCGCAAGGCACUCAAUAGCACGCCCGGAGACACAACAAAUAAUAAUAAUAACAACAACGACGAAGACGCCGAUGUCGGCUAUAAGCAUUUCUGUGCACAUUUCCGCGUUAACCCGGGCGCUCAAUGUUCGGAAUGCAACAAGUGCGAACUGUACAAGGCCGAAGACGACGAAGAAAUCGCGCGCAGGGCUGGCGAGAAGGCGGAGCGAGAGUGGCGCAUGCGCCAGUCUUUGGCCAAGGGCAGCAGCACUACUUCUAAAGAAAAGGCAGCAGUAAUCCUCAUAGACACAACCUCAUCGUCACUCUGGGACCCAGACUCGGCGCAGCAACAGCAACAUCUCUUACUCAAUUCUGUCCUUCACCAGGGCGGCAAAAACAAUAACAACAAUAACGCCGCCGCGAAUUCGUGGCGCUACUGGUGUAGCGAGGUCUGGAGAGACGGGCGAUGGAGAUGGGAGGUUCAGGCUGCCGCGGAUAUGAUUGUUGAAAAGGUCAUUGUGGUUGAUGUUUAG